AUGUUUCAAUUACUCAUGUUUGGACUGGUGUUAUACUGGCAAAGUGGAGCAAUAUAUUAUUGCACCCUAUCAUUCAUGUAACUUUAGUCGGAGAUCCGGUGACACUACAUCUAGAAAUACAUAAUAUGAAAAUUACAAUGCUUGCAUAUUACAAGAUACACGUAUCGUCUAAUUUUGUCAUAAGAUUUUCUUUCCAAUGCAAGAUAGCAAGUGUAGUCCACAUGAGGUGCACAAUCUUGUCACAAUGGUAUGCUUGAUACGAUACAUCAAAUUAUGGCACAUGAAAAGAACCUUAUCAGUGUAUAUCUGUGCAACAUGCUACUGGAUUUGAUUUGGAAAGGUCUGUGCACGCAUAUUGAGAAAAUCAUCUAGAAUCGGUUGCAAUAAAUUUUCGUUUCUAGAGACAGAAAGAUAUGUGAUAGCAAGUCCUCAGUAUCAAAGAGAAGUUUUCAAGAAUUUAGUCUCAUCUUGCCUAUUUGCAUAUUAGUAUAGAAGUUAUCUAUUAUCAUCUAGAGACAGAAACAUCUGAUCAUCAAGUGAUCUAGUAUGUCAUUAUUUAUGUCCUUAAGUCGUAUAGGUGUCAAGUAAUCUCAUACACAACUAUCGUUCUUCUAACUACACAAACAUGUAGAGAGUGUAUUAGUCAAAAGACGUAUAUUACAAGAUGAAAGACGAGUACAACUAAGAAUCACUUGCUCCCAGAGCUAUUAUUUUUGCACCACAAUCUUCCAGUACUACUGAAGGAUUUGCAUUCUCCAAAAGCUAGAGAUGGUAAAAGGAGAUAUAGCCAAAUCCUUUAUAUGAAUUACAACGGAAAUUAGACAUGAACAACAUAGAAGAGAUACAGAAUCUUACAGAAUCUCAUGGCCAAAUCCAAUCUCACUUUCCAAUUGCAAAAUAGAAAGUUGCAAGAGAUGUAGUAAUAAAUGAGCAAAUAUUUGUAAAAAUUGAAGUUUUCUAGUUUUGGCUUUGUUCUCAGAACCAAAUGUAAGCAAUAAAUAGAGGCCAAUAGAUCAUGGUCUUCUUCCCCAUCUCCACCUCUACCCCUUGCCUUCCUCCUCAAUGGCAUCCAUAGGACUUCAGAAGCAGCUAUAUCAUUUCAUCGAGUCCAUGUAUGAAGAGGGGCUGCUUGAUGUUCAAUUCCAACAACUUCAAAUGCUGCAGAACGAAGAGAACCCAAAUUUUGUUGCAGAGGUCAUCACUACCUUCUUUGCUAAUACUGAAAAGGUUUUCAAAGAGUUGGAAAAGUUGAUGAAAGAGACUGAAGUCGACUACCGAAAGAUGGAUUGCUACAUCCACCAAUUAAUAGGAAGCAGUGCCUCGUAAUGUUUAUGCUAGCUUUAGCAUACCUCUGAGAAAAUCCAUUCCAUUUGCCUAGAAUUUGUCUUCCUAAAUUUGUUAUCUAUAAUAUUGAAUAUAAUGAGUCCUUUUUCCAUACUUAUGAUCUCCUUAAUUGAUGCAAAUUUUACUCAAAUGGUUAGCCAAGAUCUAGGUUUGCAACUAUUCCAGUUCAGUGCAUCCUUGAAUACAAAUUUGUGUCUCUAUGAUUGCAACAUUAUUUAUUUCCAGAAGAUGUCUGUGCAUAUUGCAGUGUUGGAGCGCACAGUGUGGACAAAGCAUGCAUCAAAAUGCGUGAUUUUUGUGAUCUUUAUGAUCUUGAAGGGUAUGAAAUAUCCUCAUAUUAUAGUUAACUGAAGAUUUGAAUCAUGAAAAGAUCUAUUGUCAAAUCUUCUUUUUCAGUUUCGAUUUUUUUUUUAAAAUUAGAAUGGUACUUAAUGAAAGUAUUAGUAGAUGAUGUUUGUGUCAAAUGUUACAUAAUUAGUUUUCUUAUUCUUUCUACAUGUAACAUUUUUUAUCUUUCUUUGGCUGAAUUUUGCCCUGAAUUA